UCAAACACGUGGUAUCAAGAUGGCGAUUUCUUUAGAAUAUUGCUCUGUUAGCUGCAACAGGACGCCACACGCCAUUAACUGGGAGCCAUCGGGAGAUAGACUAGCCUUUGCUACCGAUAAAUCCAUAGCAAUAGCUGAAACUAUACAGGGAGGGACAUUGUAUGUUAAGCAUACACUACAUGGUCACAAUGAGAAGGUGAAUUGUGUACGGUGGGUAGCAGGCAGAGGUGGGCGUGUUGAUACGAUCACUCGUGAGUUAAUAUCAGGAUCAGUGGAUAAGACAAUCAGAGUUUGGAGGGAGAGCAAUAACGAGUUUGAAUGUAUUGAUGUCCUAACGUCACACACUGAUGCAGUGACAUGUCUAACUGUUGAUCGGACUCAUAAAGGAGUGUGGGUUUUUUCAACCGGCUCUGACUCCAACGUAAUGGUCUGGCUACGAUCUCGUGACGAAGAUAAGUUUUCACUCUGUCAAACUAUUUCAUUUGGUCGUGGGUUUGUUUUUUCUCUGGACUCUUACCAGCUGCCCGGGGCCAGUACCAAUCUACUGCUAGCUUGUGGAGGAGACGAUGGAAAGAUUAGCUGCUUUGCUCAAGAAAAUGACAAAUUUAUUAAAGUUAUUACACUCUCAGGUCAUACUGACUGGAUAAGAGAUGUCUCCAUCACAGAAGAUGCUAGUGACGUAUUGAUAGCUUCCUCAUCUCAAGACACGUACAUUAGACUAUGGAGACUGAAAGAAGAAGAUCAUGAGACUCAGUCAGGCAAUGGAGAGAAACUCUCUCUUAAAGGAAACAAGUUUAAAAUACACAUGGACAGCAGCUGCAAGAGCUCUACCGAUGGGAACACUACUAGUACUGAGUCUAGUUCUGGUAGAGUUGGCUGUUAUUCCGUGACACUGGAAGCUGUUCUGUGUGGCCAUGAUGACUGGGUGUACUCCUGUCGCUGGUCUCCAGCUGCAUAUCCCAGUGAACCGCUCUCACUAUUAUCGGCAUCAAUGGAUAAAACAAUGAUACUCUGGAGGGUGUGUCCAGAUAGUGGGGUGUGGCUUGAGCAGGUGAGAUUAGGUGAUGUGGGUGGUAAUUCAUUGGGUCUCUACGGGGGAAUAUUUGGCAAGGGGUCUGAUACAGUCCUGGCUCACGGCUACCAAGGCUCACUGCAUCUCUGGAGGAGAGUCCAAUCAAGAGAUGGCGGGACAACUGAGCUAUGGCAGCCACUGGCUUCUCCUAGUGGCCACUUUGGAUCAGUCGAAGAUUGCUGCUGGGACCCUGAGGGUAGGUACCUUUUAUCUGUUGGAAGUGAUCAAAGCACUCGUCUCCAUGCCCCCUGGAGGAGGGGGAGGAGAGAGGAUAAAGAUGAAGUCUCCAGUUGGCAUGAGUUGGCUAGGCCUCAGAUUCAUGGCUACGAUAUGACCUGUAUAACUUCUCUAUCUCCGCUAUUGAUUGCUACUGGGGCUGAUGAAAAGGUUUUGCGUGUUUUUGCUGCUCCCCGGAACUUCAUAGAUAACCUCUCUCGUGUGUCUGGUGUCACAGUGAAGGACAGUGGGACGAGGGUAGGAGGGGACGUACCCCUGGGGGCUAGUAUCCCUGCACUUGGUCUCUCCAACAAAGCUGUAUUUACAACUGCUAGUUAUGAUAAAAAUGAAACUGAUUUGGCAUCAGCUAAGAACAGCUUCUCUAGCGAAGUUCCUGUCUUCUCCGAUAUUGAGCUGUCAGGUCCUCCAAUUGAAGAACAUUUACUACAAAACACUCUUUGGCCUGAGACACAAAAAUUGUAUGGACAUAGUUAUGAGCUUUACUCUAUUGCCAGUAAUGGUAGAUACAUUGCUUCAGCUUGUAAGGCCAGUCAGGCUGAGUAUGCCUCAAUUCGAAUAUGGGAUUCCUUAUCCUGGAUGCAAGUGGCUCUUCUAACGAAGCACUCACUAACAGUGACUCAGUUGUCUUUCUCUCAUUCAGGGAAUAGACUAUUGGCAGUCUCACGUGAUAGACUGUGGAGUCUAUGGCAGUUUGACACAUUAUCAGAUGGUGGGGCUACUAGUGAUGAGAGGCUAAGUGUGAACUGUGUGUCAGUUAUGGAUAAGAAUACGAAGGCACACACUCGCAUCAUUUGGAGUUGCAGCUGGAGUCAUGAUGAUGUCUGUUUUGCAACCGCCUCUCGGGACAGAAAGGUUUGUAUAUGGAGUGACGGUCAUUCUGUGUUAGAUAAUCCAAUUAAUUGUGGGGGCGGUUGGACACUAGCGGCCAAACCUUUUGAGUUGUCUCAGUCGGUGACUGCCAUUGACUUUGCACCUUUUUCAUAUCAAAAAGGAAAGUAUGUAUUAGCUGCUGGUUUAGAGACUGGUAGUCUGUCAUUGCUGUCAUUUUCUAUUGAGAAUGGGGCGUGGUCAGAGUUAGCAAAACUCCACCCAUUUAUGUGCCACACCUCCACAGUGAGACGUAUCCAAUGGCAACCAGGUGGAAGUGAAGACGAUUGCUUACUGGCCACAUGCAGUACUGAUCAAUCACUGAGGUUGUUUCGUGUAAAUCUAGGACUCAUCCAGUCAAAGGAGUUAUAGGAAUAAUAAUUAUUAUUAAUUUUGUUAAUAUAACUAAUCAAUAAUAUAUUCAAU